CUUCCUUUGUGAUUAGAUAUAUAUUUCAGUGUCUUUGUAUAUGAAGAAAUUAAGUGAGGUUUUGAAGAAAGAGGGAAAGGCUUAUUUAGGAGUUAUUGUUGUAAGAAUUUUUGCUUCUGGUUUGAUUGUAAUAGCAAAGAUUGCAUUGAACCAUGGAAUGAGUCCACAAGUUUAUUCACUCUAUCGUUAUUUGGUUGCUUCCAUUGUUGUUGCUCCAUUUUGCUUCCUCUCUUAUAGGAAAAGACCAAGACCGCACAUGACUUGGUGCACCUUUGCAAAAAUUAUACUGCUCGGCUCUAUAGAGUCUGUGGUUGUCACCAACACAUAUUUCACUGGCUUGAAAUAUGUAACUCCAACUUUUUCCAUUGCUAUGUCCAAUGCUGUUCCUGCCCUUUCCUUCUUCUUUGCUUGGGUUUUUAGGAUGGAGAAGGUUGAUGUAAGGAGGGUUUCAAGUGGAGCAAAGAUAUUAGGAACAGCAGUGGCAGUAGGAGGAGCAAUGAUAAUGACCUUUGUAGAAGGACCAAAGUUGAGAUUUCCUUGGACAAAUAGACAUUAUAAUUCCCAUAAUUACCCUUCAACUUCAUCAACCAAUGUUAAUAAUAAAGAUUCUUUCAAGGGGGUCCUUUUGGUCACACUUUCUUGUCUUUGUGCUUCUGUUUCCUGCAUUCUCCAGGCAAUUGUAUUGAAGUCAUAUCCAAUGGGAUUGAUUGUAACAUUUUUGGUAUGCAUAGUGGGAGUUGUGGAAGGGACUGUGAUAGCAGUAGUAAUGGAAUGGAACAACCCGUCUGUUUGGUCGAUUCAUUUUGAUUUUCAACUCUUGGCUAUCCUUUAUGCUGGAAUAAUAAUCUCAGGGUUUUCCUACUACAUUCAAGGAGUUGUAAUGGAAGAAAAAGGACCUGUGUUUUUUACGGCAUUUUUCCCUCUAAGUACCAUUAUGGUUGCAAUCAUAAGCUCUUUUGCUAUCUCUGAGAUUUUGUCUUCGGGAAAGGUCGUGGGAGCUGUGGUCAUAAUUAUAGGCCUUUAUUUAUUUUUAUGGGGCAAAACCAAAGAUCAAGCCAUGGAUAAGGCAGCUAGACCCAUCGAUGAUGCCACAACAACAAGAGAAGUUUCUUAAUUUUGAAUAAUGAUGUGUCCCAUCUGAUAAUGAUUAUAUAUGUUUCCAAAUUUUUGUUAAGAUAUAAGUACCUCGAAGUUCAUUAAUUGUCAGCUGUCGUUACAAUACAUUGUAAUCAAUAUGCAAAACUUGGUCAUCACGUCGGUAAUAAUGAAAUUGAGAGACUGGGAAGACUCUUACAAAAGAUCAGAAGCAAAUUAGAGAUGCUCGAUCGACACCAUUCUUUGCAACAAGUCAUCAAAGAGAAGAACAAAUUAGUUGGAGAACUGUUGUAGAAAAGAUAAUGUGAUUGAUUGAUUCUUUUUCUCUUCUUAGAUCAACAAUAUCUAGAGUUUUCGAGAAGAAGAUUUGAUCACUCCAACAAUUUUAACUGGUUGAACUAUAUAUGGUUUGGUUGUUGAACAUAAUCAUACAUAAUUUGAGCUAUUUUAAACUA